AUGGCUCCAAAAGUUCUAGAGGUUGAAGGAAAAAUUGAACAUUUAACGCUCCCAAUUGUAACUUUCCCACCUUUCAAAUUAAGAGCUCAAUUGAUAGAGAAAGAUCCUGUGGUAUGGUUACAUCUUUUAGAUACAUACAUACAAUACUUCCAAUUUUUGAAUGUUGAGGAGAAUCUUUCCAAAUUAGAUGAUUCUACACUUGAUCACUUAUGCAUGUUUAUGAGAAGCUAUAUAAACGAAAUGGGAAAUGAGGAAGGAAAAUUAUUAAGUUUAGGUAUAAACCAUGACGUUCAAGAAAAUUUAACUAUAUUAAGAGCAUGGGUUCUCACAACACUGAAAUCAUGUGGUUUAUUUUAUUUACAAAUAUUUGGAGAGACUUUAUGGAAUUUUGUGAUUCUUUAUGUAGAGAAAAAUCCUGUUACCGUAAGAUCGUUGAUUGAUGGGUCUGCUAAACCUAAGAUAACAAAUAUCCCAAGAGUUCAAGUAAACAGGAUAAGUCAAAUUCAGCAGCAUAUAAAAUCAAUGGUAGAGCAAAAUAAAUUUACUAGAAUUGACCUUAAAUCAUUUCAAUCUUUAGUUGAGGAUAAAGAUUUCGCAGACAAAUUCUUUACCAUAAAUUGGAUUGAAUAUUUAGAAAGUUGGUGGGACAAAGGGAAUAAUAAAUUUUCGAAUAUUGCAAGACAAUUAAUGAUUACGUGUUUACUUCAAGUACGGAGGAAAACUGUCGUGGAGAUCACUAAAUCCCUUGGAAUUAGUUCAUUGGAUACUUUGUCCAUAUACCCACUUCUCGGUUCAGUUAUGAUCAGUGAAAGAUUCAAUACACUGAGACCAGAUAUAAAACAAGAAAUGUCAUACUUGAAUUUGGCUAAUUCUAUUGAAAAAGUGACUGAUAAAUACGAUAUGGAGGAUGCUGGACCAACUGAAUCAACUGAGGUGGAAGUAUCUCAAGAAGAUGUAUCCGCACUAGCCGAUUUUUUCCCAGGAUAUUCUACAUAUCAGUUAAGUGAGUUACUGAGACGGUAUGAUGGAAAUGUUCAGUUAAUCACCAAUUUAUUAUUUGAAGAUCCAUCAAUUAUAGAAUCAAUUCCAAAAGAGAAACCUAUAUUUGAAAAUUCAGAAGCUAUGGUGAGUAAGAUAUCUCCCCCACCAUUGGAGGAAUUAGAAUUACACACAAAUAGUUUGAGAGAUUCUGAAAUGAAAUUAUCAGAUUUAACAAAGAAGCACGUUCCUGACGAAAUUAAAAACAAGACGUUGACUAGGGCUUUGCAACUAUUAUAUGAUGAAGACGAAGAUGAGAGGGAUGACACAUACGAUGAGGCAGAAACCGAUCGUUCUAAGGUAUUUGGUAAAAUCUCCAUCGGAAAUGAUGUUGAUGACAGCAAUGAUACAGCUGAAGCCGUUAUAAAUGAACAAGUAGCAAAGUACGACCAGAUUGAAGGUUAUCUAUGGCAAUUAUUGAAAGAGGAUGCAACACUUUUUGAAAGAAACAAGAGAGGUAGUAAAAUGAGAAAAAAUAUUAAGCAAGAAACUACGUGGUCUGAUGAACAAAUAGAAGGGUGGGCAAGAAUGUUGCAGAAAUCCCCACAAAGAGCCAGAAUUUUGGAAGAUAAGUACAUGUUCAGAGGUAAUGUCAAAUCUGGGAAGAGAUCGUACGUCAAAAACCGUGAUGGUGAGAAUGAUGUGGACAACAAAAGGAGAAAUGAAAGGUAUGUAAGAAAGCCUAAACAAAACUCCAGUAACGAUGGGAACGCCAAGGAGGAGACUCCGAAGAAUAGUGUCAAUCAAAAACGCAAGAACGCCAGAAAUGAAAAGAACAAAUCAUCCAGAGCGAAUCAUAAUCGUAAAGCUGGACAUGAUAAAAAGGCCUCUAGAGCAAUGCCUUGA